UUAUUCUGACUUUUAUUCAGCGACCUUGUGUAUUCGAGAGAAACAUGGCAGAAAACUUUGACACACUUCUACAACUUGCUCAUCUUGGUUACAGUACGCUUGCACCCAUUGCUCUUGCUGGAUACGUCAUUGCACAAUGUGGAGGAAAGAAGAAGGCUGGUGGAUCAUCGAAUGGUGGAGGUGGAGCUAAGACUGGAGGUGGUGGUGCAACUGGUGAUGAUGGAAAAAGUGAUAAGAAAGACAAGUCAUCCAAUGAUCCAAAACCAGAGGGAGGUCCAAAGGCUCCAAGUGAUAAGAAUGCUGUCGCAGGAACACACGAUCCAAAUUAUCAAACUCUUGCUGGAGUCGAUGGAAAUGUAUUCCAAGAGAAAGGAAAAGCUCCUGCUGCUGCUGGUGGUGCUUCCCCUACGGCUGGUGCUCCAAAGCCUGGAGGUCCUGGAAUGGCUGCCACCCAUGAUCCCAAUUACCAAACACUUGCUGGAAUUGGAAACGAUUGUUUCGACAAGAAAGACGGUGCAAAACCAGCUGCUGGUGGUGCUUCUCCAGGUGCUCCAAAAGCCGGUGGUCCUGGAAUGGCUGCUACUCAUGAUCCGAACUAUCAGACACUGGCUGGAAUUGGAAACGAUUGCUUCCAGAAGAAGUGAGGUCAACUCGAGCAAACUAUCCUCAAAAUCUUGUCUUCAAAAUAAAAUUUUUCAGUUG